AUGCGCAAUCUCUCGAGCCAGGUCUCAAGAUUCUCCAUAUUCUCAUCAAUCUCUGCCUCCUCACCUCAAGUCAUCAAAUCAACAACCCGCGCAAUUAACCUCGAUAUGUCAGAAAUCACCGGGUCAGCCACGUCCACCACUGGCAACGGCGGAAAGAAAGUCAUCUCUUUGGUUGCCAGUUGCUCGCCCUACCAAAUUGAAGCAUUCCGAGAAAUAGACCACGGCAGAGAGCAUUUUGGUGUUGAUCCGCGAUAUCUCAAAGCUCCUUUGUCCUUGACACCAGAAACAUUACAUCUGGUGCGCAGGGAGUUGGAGGAAAUAUUCUUUGAAGAUGUUGCCUUGCAUGUGCGCCAUAAAGACCGGUUUAGAGGAGGCUGGCUCGUGAACGGAACCAUUACAAAGAUCGAUACGCCGCGUCUCACGGAUUUCGAACUGAAGCCCGAUUAUCUUAUGGACUUCUUCAACAAAGAGAUCAUGGUUUACUUCGAAUCUGACUCAUGGACGAGAGAUGGAAGAGGCAAGAUUAUUGGGUAUAUAUACCGAGAGUGGCUACGGCUUCACGGUGGUCGACCGUCCUUCCAACGAGGUGCUUUCUUCGCCAAACCUGCGCAGAUCCACAGUACUGGACCACAAGGUCUGGAUCAGAUCACGACGUUUCAUCAUGACCUCUCUAAUUAUAUCACUACUCGCUCACAAGAUCUUGUACAUUUUAAGCAGUGGGACUACAAACCCCCAUGGUUUUCAACGAAGCCAAAGGAGGAAUCACCCGAACUACAAAACGACAGCGAAGUAAAGUCUUGGAAAGAUCAUCGUUUCAUGGUGGGACAUCUAUUUCCUGCAUUAUACAUGGUUUUUGACGACCAAUGCCUACCGGAGCCAUCACCACAUGUUAGCCCAGAAGGACUUCACGGGAAUGACAGGAUCUACUACUUGGAGGGCGUCAUAGAAAGAGAAAUGGCAAAGUGCACGGUUCUGCUGGUCAAGACAGGAGAUGAGGCACAUCUGAGCGCCCCUGUCAGCUUUGAGCCAUUGUUUGAUGCUGGGCUUGCACUCAACGUCAACCGGGACGACUGUGAUGACGGGUAUGGAGAUGGCGAAACGGCUGUGAGGGUGAAUCUCGAUGUGGCAGUACGCUUUUUAUGGGGGUUACUGCAAAAGGAGCGAGGAACAUUAAGGGGAUUGGGAGAGAUUGCGCGAGAGUUGGAAGAAGAGCAAGACAUGCUGUUUGAAAAAUGGCUUGACAAGGUUAUGCGUCGUUCUCAUGAGGUUGGUUUUGAGAAUAACUAUCACACAUGGUCUGCUACCCGUCGCGCUGCCGCGAGAUUGAACGGGGAGGCUUUCGAUGUAGAUCAGGUGUUCCCGUUCUGGGAGCGUUUGAGGUCAUGGCAUCGUCCUUUGUUCGCGGACACUUCCGCGAUGGCUUCCCUUGAUCAUAUCGCGACCGUCUUCUCUGAGUACAAGUACGACAAGGAUGUUGGUUUUGAAAGCAAUAGCGGCAUGCCCUGCCUUGCUUGCAUUUCGGAGAUCGAUCGCGAUAUCUAUUGCGUCUGUGUCACGAAUGACGACCCCGCUACUUGUGUUGUCUGCAAGAACUACGACAAGAAGUGUGGCUCGAUCCCUUCAGAGCUUCUCGGCGCGGCGCAAUGGUACUGGAACUUUGUGGCUGGCCUGGACGUUCAAAAGCCUCUCCUCAACAGACGUCAACUCUGGCGCAUUCGUCGUGCUCUUGAGGACUGCGCGUCGGCCUGGCGUGGACUAGAAGAACAUCUCAUGAACCCGAACAACCUAGCGAUGCUUGCUCUCCAAGAGUCGGCUGCAAGUUGCAAGACCUUGGCUCUGUCCAUCCUUCAGUCGAUCCACGAGCGUAUCGACUUUGUCCAGCCAGGCUAUACUCGCGAUGGCAAUUGUGUUGUCACUCUUCGAAAUGCUCUUGUUCAUCUGUCCGUCUCUCAGGACGUGGUGCUUCCGGUAGCGCCCCUAGCUGUGAGGUCGUCCACAAUGGUAUGCCUGAUUCUCCUCGCCAGUAAUGAGGAUGAAUCGGGAGUUGAGACUAACGAGUUGUUGAUGAAUCCCAAAUUUUCUUGUGGCGAGAUCAAGGGCUCUGAUGCGGAGGAACGUUAA